AUGCCUAACAUGAACAAUUCUGUCCAGAAAGCCAAGGUUGAGUUUUUAGAGGAUGUUCAAGUCCAGAAGCAUGAUAGUGUGGGCAAUGUGUUAAUUGAUGAGAGCGGAGAAGUCCAGCGACUGCCUGUGCCCAGCGAUGAUCCCAAUGAUCCUCUCAAUUUUUCGAAAUGGGAGAAGCUGGGUAUUAUAUUCAGUUGCUGCUGGUUCUCCAUCAUGUCAUUGUCGGUCGUUGGGGGGUUAGGUGCAAUUCUUGGUGUUUUCUUUGAGCUUUAUGUACCUCAGGGUCAUACUACAGCGCAGGUGGUUUGGCUGGCGACGUUCCCUUCACUCUUCGUCGGAAUUGGAAACUACCUGAUCCUACCGCUGGGUUUGGUUUACGGUCGGCGUCCUGCGGCGCUAAUUUCCAUUGUUGUCCUACUUGGAUCAACAAUUGGCUGUGCCUUGUCACAGACAUUCGAGCAGCAUCUUGGUCUGCGCAUCCUACAAGGCCUGGCAACAGGUGCCACGGAAUCACUACUCCCUCUCAUGUUAUCUGAGGUCACUUUCGUCCAUCAACGCGGCAUGAUUUUCGGUAUCUACUGGGCUACCCAGAAUGUGGUAACCAGCUGCUUGAACCUUGCUACUUCGUACGAAGCGGCUGCUUUAGGCUGGCGCUGGUUCUACUGGGUGUACGUGAUUGCGGUGGGGGUUGGGCUUGUCAUUGUUGCACUUGCAUGCUUCGAGACUAGAUACCAGCGACGCGCACAAAUCCGAAAUGGUGAAUUGAUUGUCACUGAUGGGUAUGGAGUUACUCGAGUCCUCGUGGGAGUCGAAGCGCAGUCGUAUUUGGAAUCGCAGGAAGCAGACAAUGAGUCCUCAAUGGAUGAUGCAGCACGUCCAAAGAAGACAUAUUUGCAGAUGCUCAGUCCAAUGGGGUCUUUGUCAAAAAACCCCGGUCGGACUGUCCUCAUGGCAUGGUUCCACAUGAUUGAAGCCUUCUCUUCCCCGGGAAUUCUUUACGCGACCCUCCUAGCGGCAGUUGUUCUUGGGUCUUCUGUUGGCAUCUCGUUGACUUACGAUGCCGUUCUUGAAAGUUACGGUUGGUCUGCUGACAGUAUAGGCCUGAUCAACUUGGGGGGUGUCUUUGGUGGUUUUGGUGGUAUGUUAUACGCUGGAGUCUUUGGCGAUUGGUUUAUUCUGAGAAUGGCCAAGCGUUCUGGUGGCGUGCAUAUCCCGGAGCAUCGACUGAUUCUGCUGAUAUUGCCUGGGAUACUCGCCGUUAUCUCACUUCUACUUUACGGGUUCACUGCUGAGAACAAUGCUACUUGGGGUGGCCCAUACAUGGGGUGGACCCUUUUCCAGAUAACCUUUGUGUCUGUACUGAUUCUUUCAACCUCAUUCGCAGCGGACGCCUGGGAAAAGAAUCCUGGCCCUGCUUUGGUGGCAGUGGUGGGGACUAAGAACAUUAUUGCCUUUGGGGUCAGCUAUGGGCUGACUCCUAUGGUGACAAAGUAUAGCUACCCCGCUGCAAUGGGAAUUUUGGCUGCUGUGACUGGGUCUAUUUUUCUGCUUGGUAUCCCAGUCUACUUUUUCAAUCCCGCUUGGCGACGCUAUAUGCAACGAAAAAGUGACAAAUGA